AUGACUGACGCUGUUGUUAGUUUUGUGCUGGAGAACUUGAAAAAUUUGCUCAUCCAUGAAGUAAAUUUGUUCCGUGGAGUCAAGAAAGAAGUUAAUUUGCUUCGAAGUGAUCUUGGCUUUAUGAAUGCCUUCCUCAAAGAUUCUGAAGGGAAAGAAGCAAACCAUCAUUUGGUGAAAGAGCUAAUCGACCAAAUCAGAGAGGCUGCUUUUGAUGCUGAGGAUGUCAUAAACAGAUACAUGGCUCAAGUUGUUAGGCAACGGGUGAGGAACCUGCCUAAGAAGUUGCUCCAUUGUCUUGAUCAUGCAGCCGAGCUUCACCGUGUUGCGGAGAAAACAACCAGCCUCAGGAAAAGGAUUGAGAAUAUUUAUGCCAAUAAAACAACAUAUGGCAUAGAAGCUCGAUCUCAUGGAGAUGAAAAUGCAGAACAAUUACUGGAGGAACGUAGGAGAGACGUUGAGGAAGAAGAUGUCAUGGGCUUUGUCGAUGACACAAAAAAAUUGGUCGAUCAGCUUCUCGAUCGAGGCAGAUUAAAACGAGAGGUAAUUACAAUCAUAGGCAUGGGUGGUUUGGGAAAGACCACCCUUGCCAGAAAAAUUUAUAACAAUCCUCUCAUCAAGGAUUGCUUUGAUCAUUGUGCAUGGGUUAAUGUAUCUCAAAAAUACAAAACCAGCGUACUGCGUCUUGAUAUAUUGAAAUGCCUUGGGAAAUUGUCAGACAAAACAUAUAAUAUGUCUGAUGAAGAACUUAAAACCACACUGCGUGAAAACUUGACAGAAAAGAGGUAUUUUGUCGUCAUGGACGACGUGUGGGAGCCUGAAUUUUGGAAUAAGGUAAGAGCAUGUUUUCCCGACAACUCAAAUGGAAGCAGAAUAUUAAUCACUAGUCGGGAAAAAGAAGUUGCUUCAAAUGCUAGCUCAAUUCCUCCUUAUUUCUUACCAUUUCUUAGUGAGGAAGCGAGUUGGCAACUGUUAUGCAAGAAGGCUUUUCUAGGAGAAAAAUGUCCUUCAAAUUUGGAAAGUCUCGGACGGACACUUGCAAAAAAUUGUAAAGGCUUACCACUUUCUAUUGUGGUAUUAGGAGGUAUUCUGGCAAACAAAGAGAAAACGCACCGAGCGUGGUCUGAUUUUGUUGGCAAUGUCAAUUCUUUCCUCAUCAACAAUGACGAAAAGCGCUGUGCAGAUAUACUUGCUCUCAGCUACAACCACUUGCCACAUAAAUUGAGAGUAUGUUUCUUAUAUGGCGGCAUCUUCCCUGAAGAUCAUUUAAUCUCUGCAAGGACACUAACUCAGUUGUGGGUGGCUGAAGGAUUCAUAGCUGAUCAAAAUGACAGCAGAAAGAUGGAUGAAAUUAAGAUUGCAGAACAGUACUUGGAAGGUCUCAUCGAUCGAAGUUUGAUCCAGGUAGCAAGUAGGAGGAGCGACGGAGGUGUUAAGACAUGUCGUAUCCAUGAUCUCCUAAGAGAUUUCUGCAUACAGACGAGUAGUCAACAGAAAUUUUAUGAGGUUCUUGUGAAUGAGCUAAGUUUACCAAAUCGCAACAACCCUCGGAGACUUUCCAUACAAGGUAAAAUUGAUUCUUAUGAAAGAAUUUCCUCCUCAAGCACUAGUUGCAAUUCACUUUCAGUUGGGUCUUUGUUUUUCUUUACCUCAUAUUUUGAUCACAACGCUUUGGAACGGGCUGUGAAAAACUUUAGGUUUAUCCGAUCGCUUUCUUUUGAGGUUUCAAAUAUACAUCAUUCCCUGCAUCGUAUUCCUGAGGAAAUAGGACAGCUAGUAUUUCUAAGAUACUUUAAAAUAUCCGUUACUUAUGCUUAUGUUUGGUUGAAAGCAAUUCCUGCUUCCAUAUGCAAGCUUCCUUAUCUAGAAACAAUUCAUGUGCAAGCAUGGAUUGAGGAGGGCCUGCCGAAAGAGAUAUGGAUCAUGAAGCAAUUAAGGCAUCUCUAUGUAGGACAUGGAAUAGGAUUGCCCCAACCACCUUCAAAAGGUGGUCACACUCUAAGCAACCUUCAAGUCCUGUGCAGGGUAGAGGUUGAUAAGAAAACUGCCAUCCUCUUUCGAAAAUCUUUGUUCCCAAAUUUGAGAAAACUGCAUUUAAGUCGAUCGCAUACAUGCCUGAUUGAUCAAUCUAUGGUGUCGGAAAUAUUGGCAAGUCUAGAGUCUUCGCAAUACCUGCAAAUCUUGAAAUUGGAUAGGUUGACAGUUGGCUCACUAUCAUCAUUAUCAUCAUCAAAACUCACCAAGAUUACAGUUCUAAACUGCAACAGCGUUGACUUGAUAAGUCUUGGGAAACUUGCCAACUUAUAG